CGUCCGACAAGGGUGCGGGUACGGCGUAUUCAUACUCCCUCGUCUUAUCACGUUUGCCCGUUUCUGCACAUAGAUUUGCUGCAUAUUUUUAUAGUUCCAGGCAGGAUUCCAUGCAUCCAGCUACAAAUUCCCAAGCUUAGGAAGCACCGGCGCCUCUGCUCUACUACCUCCUCCACAAACUCCAUUAGCGUACUAUAUUAAAAAAAUCGUCACGCUUAAUUAACGACAGAACGAGAGAGCGAGAGGUGCUCUGCCUCUGCCGCCCUCGAGAUCCCACUCCGCGUGCCACGCCCCCGCCCCUGCCGGCCGGCCGGCAGCCUCCGCUUCCUCCUCCUCGAUCUCCUCAGGCCUCAGCUCCUCUCCACUGGGAAGCAAUGCCUGAGCAAGCGAGGAGCUGCCAUGGGGCGGCGUCAAGGACGAGACCACGGCAGAGGAGCCAUGGCGCCCCGCAGCUGCCGCAGGCCGGUGACCCGCCAGUAGGGUAUGCGGAGGUCGAUCCCACUGGAAGAUACGGCAGGUACGACGAGGUUCUCGGCAAGGGCUCCGCAAAGACCGUGUACAGGGGGUUCGACGAGUGGCAGGGCAUCGAGGUGGCGUGGAACCAGGUGCGCCUCCACGACUUCCUGCGAAGCGCCGGCGGCGGCGGCGACCUGGACCGCCUCUACGGCGAGGUCCGCCUCCUGGCGGCGCUCCGGCACCGGGCCCUGAUGCGGCUCCACGCCGCCUGGGUCGACCCGCGCCGCCGCACCCUCAACUUCCUCACGGAGCUCUUCUCGUCCGGAACCCUCCGCCAGUACAGGGAGAAGCACCGGGUGGUGAGCAUGGCGGCGGUGCGGCGCUGGUCCCGGCAGAUCCUGGAGGGUUUAGCCUACCUGCAGGGCCACUCCCCGCCCGUCGUCCACGGGGACCUCAGCUGCGCCAACAUCUUCGUCAACGGCCACAAGGGCGAGGCCAAGAUCGGCGACCUCGGUCUCGGCCUCGCCGCCUUCCGCACGCCCGAGUUCAUGGCGCCCGAGGUCUACGGCGGCGAGGACUACGUCGACGGCCGCGCCGACGUCUACUCCUUCGGGAUGUGCGUGCUCGAGAUGCUCACCCUGGAAUUCCCCUACGCCGAGUGCUCCUCCUCCCCCCUCCAAAUCUACAACAAAGCCAUGGCCGGGAUAAGGCCUGAAGCUCUGUACAAGGUGAGGGACCCGGCGGCGAGGCGAUUCAUCGACAGGUGCCUGGCGCCGGCGUCGCGGAGGCCCGCCGCCAGGGAGCUGCUCUAUGACCGUUUCCUGCAGAUCGGCGGAAGCUUCUCUGAUCCAGGGGAUGUGGUGCACGAUUAUUAUCAUCCUCUCCAUCGCCAGCCUUCUUUUCAGGAGGAGUACCAGCACCAGCACCAUGCCGACAGCAAUGGCGGAUCUACGCCGAGCAACGGACUAUCGAAAAGCAUCAACGGCGAGGAGGAGGAAGACACGCUGUCGGCGGAUAGAUCGUAUUGCGACGACGAAGGCGAGGAUGAUGGUGGUGAGAGCGCCAGGUACCAUGGGGUUGAGCUGCUGUUCGAUGAGCACGAAGUCGACUGCAACGGCGAUGAUGUUGGCGGCGGCGUGGAGAUGAAGAUCAAGGGGAGGAGGAUGGAGGACGGGGGCAUCUUCCUGCGGCUGCGCAUUGCCGACAGAUCAGGCCUGGUCCGGAGCAUCUACUUCCCGUUCGACGUGGGCGCCGACACGGCGCAGAGCGUGGCGGCGGAGAUGGCGGGGGAGCUGGACAUCGUCACCGGCCACGAGGUGGCGCGCAUCGCCGGGAUCAUCGACGCCGAGGUCGGCGCCCUGGUGCCGGAAUGGGCGGCGGCGGGUCCUGCUUCACCAGGCAUGGACGGCGCCCCGGACGCGCCGUGCUGCGACAAUUGCCGGCCGUCGUCGUACGGCGGCGGCGGCGGCUCGCUGCUGGAGUUCAUGUCGUCGGCGGGGCACCGGGGUUGCCGGUGCGCGGGGCUCCACGGCCGGUUCGAGGAGAUCACGUCCCAACCAGCCGACCAAUAGCAGCAGCUGCAUUUUUGAAGAUCAUCCAUAUCCUUGACCAUUCAUGGCACGCACAGCAGCGACCUUGGGGUCCGAUCGAAUUUUUGGGAUGCGGCGCACGAGAAUGCACCAUGUGCAAUCUCUGAUCUCGAGAGAGAAAAGGAUGCGGAUUACUUAUUCUAAAAUAAACUCACUCCGUAUUUACUUUCCGGAGAGAACCAAAAUACGGAGUACGUAAUUAACAGCGGCUAAACAAACCAUGGGACAUUUGUGACACCCUGGAAGAACAGAGCGUGUACUGCAAGAACAGUGUUGUUUGUCUAUUCAUGUUUCGAAAAAGAGAAUUCGCAGCCGGUACGUCCA